UCAUUUCUCCAUCAUCUAUAUAAACGUGUGCUUGGCCUGAACUCAAAUACUGCUGUGAAACUUGGCUUUAGACCAAACUCCUGAGGAUUUUCACCAACUUCUACAGCUUUUAAAUGAGUGUCUACUACUGGUUACAAACAUGUGACAUAUUCAAAUCUGUCAAAAGAAAUUUGAAUAAAUGAGUGGAGAGAGAUUUUUUUUUAAAUGCAGAUGCUUCCAUACAAGGCACAAGGUAUGAAAGAAGUCUCUCAAUCUCAACCCAACUGAACCCCUAUAUGAUAUUUCUCAUUAUGUUUUUGGAAGAAUGCCAAGUAAAGUAAAGCUCUGUUCAUUCAGGACGUCUCAUUGAGAUCAAGAGGGACCAGACAAACAAAGUAGGCAUAUUCAACAUCUUGGGACAAUUCAUUCACACAAUGAUCCUCUCAGGGGUUUAUGGCGGCUGCAUGAGCACACAGAAUAUCUCUAUAAUCCAAUGUAGAGAGGAUAGAGUGUUACAUGGUGGUUUUUGUAACAUUAGCAUAGCAUUAUUCCGUUAUAAGAAUCCAAUUCAAAUUUUUAGUUUUUCAGUGAGAGUUUUGUAGAGCAAUCUUCCAUAUAACUAAACAAACAUUUAUAAUGCUGUGAUAUAGCUAUUAGGUUUACAUCAGGAGUACAGCUUGGAGAGGGAAUAUCAAAGCUCUGUGCUCUUGUGAAAUGUAAAUUUGAGUUUAGAACAAGCUUUAAAUUAAUAAAAGACAUGAGGAGGUGGUUAAGCAGACUGUAACCUGUUUUGCAGUAAAGCUGAUGGCAUACAAGAUGGUAUCGUCAGCAUAAAAACAGACAUUGUAAUGCUCAGUUGAAAAUAAAUAUGUAUAUAUAUGUAUAGAGUACAUAGCAAGGGACUAAAUGUUGAUCCUUGUGGGACACCAUUGACUUGAUUUCACACUAUCUGCAACAAUAGCCCAAACCAGACAGAUAUAAUGUGAACCAGGUGUAAGCAGAAUUAUCAGAACCAAUGGAACAGCAGCUUAUUUAGCUAAAUAUUAUGUUCAACAGUAUCAAAAGCCUUGGACAGAUCUGCAAAGAGUGCAGCACAAUGUUGCUUGACACUAAGUGAGUUAUCCACAACACCAGCUGCAGAAGUUAUUCUGUUACAAGCAGGUUUAAAGCCUGACUGCUGUGGAGAAAGGAUAUUAUUUUCCUGAGUUGACAAGUGAUACAACAGGGAAGCUUAGAUAUAGGCUGACUUCUGCUACGGUCAAUAACCACAUUUGUCUAAUGUGUUCAUCCCACUAUCUUUAAGAUGCCUUAUGGUGUUAAUCCCGUUAACAGGUAUUUCCUUAAAUAUACAUUUUAAUAAAGCAAAUUAUCAUUAUUAUAAUGAACUAAAUUAACUGCCUUCAAGUAGUAACGCAAUCAAUCUGAUUGACCAUUAAAGCAAUUAAAGUGAGUUUCAUUUUAGUCCCAGCUUAUACAAGUAGUGCCAAACAUGUUUCCUUUUUUUUUUUUUUUCUGUGAUGUCAUUUCAAACAAUAGCACAGUUCUGUGUAAAUGACAUGAUCUGUAAAUGCUGUUUAUGUGUCAGCCAGGAAAUUAUUUGGUGCCAGCUCUUCUUCGGCACUUCUGACUGAUGGGUUUUUCUGUGGAAGUGUCUCUGUGGUUAAGUUAAAAGCUUCCUUGUCAACAUCUGUAAAAGCAGUGAGUAACAAUUGCUUCAGACAGAAGAUCUUUAUACUGGAAGACAGAGGGAGUGACAAAAGCAUGGGUGUGUACAUGCGCAUGUGUCUGUGUGCCAGCAGUUCAAACAAUUCCACAGCACUGGCCAUUCGUCCGUCAUGACCUCAUAGUCCCACGGUGAUGACCUCAUGUCAUGUGAUCACUUAACACAAAUGAGAGAGACAGAGAGAGAGAAAAGAAAAAGAGAAUCUGGGAAGGAUGGAAGAAUGGACUUUGUCAUGGUUUUUCUUCUAUUGAAAUUGUAUUGUUACACUUGUACAUGUAUUUUUAGUCAUGUCUCUAAACUACAACAGCCGUGUGACAGUGAUAUGGAGGCUUCAGUGGUAAAUAGCCUGAGCUCAAAUACUAAAACCUGGCCAAAGAGAAGAUUCUCCUGGAAAACUAGGUGUGUAGAUCAAAAAUGUUACAAGGCUCCUGCGUUCUCAGAUGACCAGCCCAGUUUAAAGACAGUGACAAGUGUGGAUCAGCUUUUGCAGCUUAUAUACCCCGAAUACAGUUUGCUGCAGAACUGCCUGAGGAAGAAAUCAUGGCAUGCCUCCUCUUCCUCCUCUUCCCCUUCUUUUUCCAGCUCCUCAGCAAGCCCUUUAGUCCACUCUAACGAUGAGGAUCUGUGGGGUCAGCCGAGGGAGGAGCCUCUUUACAAAGUGGACGGGACUUUGGGAGUCAUCCUAGAGGAGAUCCAGCGGACCUCAUGCCAGCCCAGAGAGGUGUGUGUUGAGGUCGCCAAAGAAUACCCAGAAUCCACCAGUCAAUUCUACCUCCCUCGCUGUGUGGCGCUGCAUCGAUGUGGCGGAUGCUGCACAAACGAGGCCUUCUACUGCACGAACACAAGUCACACGCUCAUCAACAAGACGCUGAUGGAACUGUCCCCGCCCAGGAUGGAUCGCUCCGUCGUCAUGGUAACCUUCGUCAACCACACUUCGUGCGAAUGCCUCUCCAAGCGGCCACUCCACACCAUCAUAAGACGAGCCGCAACAGAUCACCUGUGUUCCCCACCCGAAGUUCCCUGUGCCUCGGGGUCAUUAUGGGAUCCAAUGAACUGUGUGUGUGUCCCAACAGACGCCAUAAACUACUCAGAGACUGAGGCGCUGAACUCAGGUCUGCUGGCUCUCUGCGGGCCCAACAGGGUUCUGGAUGAGUCCACCUGCGAGUGCGUCUGUCGAAAUGGACUCACCGAGGACAGAUGCAAUCCAGGCUGGAAACUGGACCACAACACCUGCGAAUGCCAGUGUGAAGGUCAAGGUGAGGGGAAAUGGUGCCCCAUUGGCCAGCGGUGGGAUGAAGAGCUGUGUGGCUGCGUGUGCGCUGCGGAGUGCCCCGGGAAUCAGCCCCUUAACCCCGACACCUGCCUGUGUCAGUGCAGAGAGAGCCCACAGUCAUGUCUGCGGCAGGGCAGAAAGUUCAACUCCAACUCCUGCAGCUGUUACAGGUUGCCCUGCAGAAAACCCAGACCCGUGUGCCCGACUGGUUUUUACUACAGCCCCCAAGUCUGCCAGUGCAUCCCCAACUACAUGAGGCCUGAGUGGAAUUAACCAAUCACAGACAGACAGGGGAGCAGAUGCCGCCAUUUAUUGGCCUUCAACUUGAGGUUAGAAACCUUUUGGCCUGACAACAAAGGUACAAGAACAAGGAAGGGCCUCUUGACAGACAGGAGGACAGGAAGGUGGAUCUACACAUUUACUGGAUUACAACAGACUACAAGAAGCAUUUGUCUGUGCUCUGGCACAAACGAGGGUGGGAGUGCUUCAAAGUGAGACAAAAAGGCCAAAACAGCCACGUGUAUGCAGCAAAACUCAUAAAAGUGGAGUUAUCUCAGCUGAAAAGAGAAAAGGAGGAGAGAUAUUUGACUCUCUGGGACUUUUCCCCAACACUAAUAACACGAUUGUGACUGGAAGCAACCAAUCACACCUGGAGACUGCCUAAAAGCACAGCAGCAAGGAAUGGGGAAAGGGAUGGAUCAAUCAGACUCUGAGCCAGCGUUCAUCCCAGCUGCAACGUGUUUGAGCAAGAUAUUUAACCACCGACCUGCUGCAGAGGCAACGCUCAUGACUGUGUGAAAUGGAAAGUGGAAUAAAAUAAUAACAGACCAGACUCCAUGCUUUUUGUUUUAAGAUUAAAUAAGCUGUGGGCAACUUCACACUUUGGCAAUAUUGAGUCAUGAGAUAUUUAAGAGGUUGAAGGAUUUUUUUUAGCAGAAUGUAAUGUGAAGUUGCCAGAGCCUUAUUCUCCCUCUUUUACAGAGGUGCAAACGGUGACAGUAUAUAUUGGUUUUUGGUACAGCGUUCUGAUUUUUUCCCUAAGAGUAGAGGUUUAUUGCCAGGCCCUGUUCAAUUAAAUGCUCAUUUCAACACUCCCAAACAGCUAUUAUAUCCUCCAGUUUCUACUUGCCUCUACUGAAGUGCUGCUCUUUGAAGAUUUCACUCACACACAGCUGAAUCCAAUCACAAUUGAUGGGUACACACUUCGGUACAUUUCUGUUUCUUCUAGUAAUUUAACUUUACACUCUAAGUAAUAUUAUUUGUAAAUAUUUAAAUUUAAAAACUUUUUCAUAUUUAAAACUGAUAUUUUGAAUCUGGAAUCAUGUGUUGUAAAAUACUGUAUUUAAGUCCCUAUCAUAACUAAAUAUUGUUUUGGGAUGAAACUAUUUACAUGUCUUUGUACUCCAGCAGUUCUAAAUAGCAUGGAGAAUUUAAAUUAUGUUCUACAUUCUCCAUUUUGCCUGCACUGCAAAAGAUUGAUUUUAACAGCUCAUUUAGACACCUAAUACAGCUUUGAAAGAAUAUGAUUUUAGGUCUCCGAAAUACACUAAAUGUUAGGAUGAAGAUUUGCAGUGUAAAAAUGAUUGUAGUUUUUGUGCUAUAUGGAUGUAGAGAUAAACUGAAACUAUUUUAUCAUGCUACUAUUAAGUAUUUAAAGUAGUUUUAUGGAUUAAAAGCCUUAGACUAA